GAGAGAGAAACGUAGAGAGACUCACACCACCACCAUUAGCCACCUGUCAGUCCAGGUGGAGAAACUUACUGCUGGACAUCUGAGCCUGGAGGUUUUACUGAAAGACACCUCUUUAACUCGGGAGAGUUUACACUUCUUUUAUUUAUUUAUUUUAACUAUCAGUCUUUUUUUAGGGUUUUAUUUAAUAUUUGUGUUUUGGACAGACCUUAACUUUAGUCUUGCUGCACUAGCAGAUGGUUUACUGAAUCCCAACCACUAAGGUAUUUUUUGAGGAGGAUUGUUUUCAUCAGUCUCAGUUGAUCCUUAGACUGAAUCCAUAAGAAGUUUUCUGUUGGUGUGGCUGUUUCUGAGAACCCCAUCUUCGGAUAAGCGAUCAUGGCAGACUUCCCGUCCAAGGUUACCACGGAGACCAGCUCCCCCCACUCCCAGAGCUCUCAGCAGGGGGGCAACAGCCUCCAAGGGCUGGCCGCUAACUUCACCACUAGGAUGGACAUGUCCUUUAUCCGAAGCAUCCCGGCCAUCCUCAUGAUUGUUGAAAUAGUUCUGGGGCUGCUCCAGUGGGCGUUGAUAGCCGGUGCCCCCUACACUUUGCUGCCAGCAUAUGGCUGGGUGAUGUUUGUGGCCGUCACUCUGUGGAUCCUCACCACAAUCCUCUUCUUCAUGAUCCUGUUCGACGGCCGGCAAAAGCUCACGUUCAUCCCCUGGCCCCUGGCGGUAAUGGUGUAUUUCGCCGGAGCCACGGUCCUCUAUCUGACCGCCUUCCUGGCCAACGCAGCAUCUGUGCAACCCUUCUACUUCACGGUUUUCUACGGACAAAUGGCAGCAGCCGCUUUCUUCGGUGCUGUGGUGACCGUGGCGUACUGGGCCAGUGCCUUCUUCUCCUAUUUGGCCUGGAAGGGAGAUGGAGGAAACGCCGCCACCAACACAGUGCCCACCUAGGACUCAAUCCUGAUCCUAGACAAAGAUGCCUUGUGAUUUCCCCCCCUCAAGACACUGUAGGUAAAUCCUGACCUCUUCUUAAACCAAGUGUUACCAAUGAGACAAAGCCUAAUUCAGAUGAAAAUAUCAUCUACUUUAUAUACUAUUCAGUCAAACUCAUUAGACUUUUACCUUAACAUUAUAAAAAAGAAAUUGUACAUCAGCACUGGAUUGUCCAAUUAAAAUGUACUGUACUACAUACUACAACACAAUAUUUCUUUGAAACGGCUCUGGUGGACUGCACUGAGGCCUCAAAUUCAGAUUUCUCAAAAUAUUACCUUUUUAUAAUACUAUUGCACAUACACAAAUAUAGCAGACAGUGCCUUCAAGUGUUGGUAAUAACACGGCAAAUUGGCAAACUGGGACCUCCAAGUUGUAUUUAAAAUAUGCAGCCCA